GUAAUCGCCAACGACGAUUUGAGCCCGUUGUUGUAGUAAUUUUGAUUGUCAUCUUCUUGUUUUUCAUAUUAGCGUUGGACAUUUGCUCGUAGAAGGGCGGAAUGAGAGGGAGAUGGAACCGCGGAGCGAAGAAUUCUUGUUUAGUUCGAAAGGAUUGAAGGUUUCCGCAAAGUAUAAUCCAAGAAGCCUCCUCUCGGAUGUCCGAGGCUUGCUUUCCACUGGACUUCUAGAAGGAUUUAGGGUUACGUACAAGAAGGGCGAGGUCAAGAUUGAGGGGAUUAUACGAGAUCUCGGAUAUGUUUGUGGGUGCCGAGUGUGUAACUACACAAGAGUUCUCUGCGCGGUUGAAUUUGAGAAGCAUGCCGGAGUGACAACGACCAACCAAAACAAUCACAUAUUCUUGAAUAGCGGAAUAACUCUAUACAACCUAGUGAAAGAAUUGAAGGAUAGCCCUCUCCACUUGCUUGGCGACUUGAUCAAAGAAAAGAUCGGGUGCCCUCCCAAUUUGAAGUGCUUUGAGGAGUGGAAAGCAUCGAAAGAUCUGUUGCUGAGGGCGUUGCCAAUCUUGCUCUAAAAGCUGGUCUCACAACUAAGUUCGAGAAAGCAGCCACUGAAUGCUGCAUGGAUCCAACUUCUAUUGACAUUCUCAAUGUGAAGAGCUCGCCAAGAAUGGCCACAGCAUGCAGCUCUAGUUCGUUAUUAUCAACAUACUCGAAGGUGGCCCCCUCAGUGCCAGUUGCUGAAGGCACUCAUUUUCCAGAUUCAUAUCUUGUUACAGAUGGUGUGCAGCGCAAACAAAAUAGCUCUCUGAUGGAAACUGCGUCUGAACUGAAAACAAGGCUGCCUAAUUUUCUGGAAUCUUCUGCUGCCCCUGUCCAACAGGAAACUGUUGCUCAUGGUCCUCAAAAGAAAAGGGAUAAUACUUUGCACAGAUUGGUUUUCGAACAAGGAGGUCUUCCCGAUGGAACAGAAUUGACUUACCGUAACAAGGGAGAGAUUUUGCUCUCAGGUUAUAAACAAGGAAAUAGCAUAGUAUGUCACUGCCACAAAGAGGAGUUUAGCCCUUCACAGUUUGAAGCUCAUGCAGGGAUGGGUCGAAGGCGCCAACCCUAUCAAAACAUAUAUACUUCUGAUGGGACGACACUACAUGAGUUUUGCGAGAUUCUAUCCAAAAAUACAAAAGUAAGUGUUGGCAGCGAGGAUCCAUGCCUUAGCUGCAGUGAUGGAGGAGAACUGGUUUAUUGUGAUGGAUGCCAUCAACAUUUUCCUUCAGCUGGUAUGUGGUUAAAAGAUGCUCCUAAUGGUCCACACUGUUGCCCUGAUUGCUUUGAUCAGUCUCAAAGAGCUUUGAGCAUUUCCUCUUCAAAUGCUGUAAGGCCAACUAACCUUCGGUUAAGGCGCACUAUUCAUCCUGAAGCGGAAGAUGACAUUCACUGCACAAUCUGCAAGGAUGACAAAGCCAUUUUACAAACAGAAUAUGAUGGAAGAAGCAUCACUUUCUGUAAACAAUGUGGAAAAGCAUAUCAUGUUGGUUGUUAUGCCCGAAGUCAUCCGGGAUUGAAAUUUAAGGAAGCCAUCAGCAGCAAAUGGUUUUGUUGUAGAGGCUGCAGCGCAGUUUGUGUUGCUUUGGAAAAAAUGCCUACUGAAGGAAAGAAGGUUCUUCCUGAUUGUUCCUCUAGCAUAUUGAAGAGGAAUUUUGAACAGAGAGGUUUGCAAAAUGACACUGUAGCUGCUGUACGCUGGCAACUUUUAAAUGGAAAACAUACUAAAGAUAAGAGCCUGCUUAAAGCAGCCAAUAAGCUUUUUCAAGGUGCAUUUGAACCUAUAUAUGUAGGAUCAAACGAGUUGAUAAAGCAGAUGGUUUAUGCUAAAGAGGCGGGAGAGGCAGGGUUAAUAUUCCACUCAACUUGUUGUGCAGUACUAAUAGAAAAGUCAGUCAUCAUGUCAGCAGCAAUUCUGAGGGUGCAUGGACGAGGUACUGCAGAGCUUCCUCUGGUUGUUACACGUAAAGAAUGUCAGGGAAAGGGAUAUUUUCAGACUCUUCUUUCGGUAAUUGAAAGAUUCCUAAGUGACUUGCAAGUGAAACUUCUCAUAACUUCUGUUGAUGAGCACACACAAUCCAUGUGGAUUAAUAAGUUUGGCUUUGUAAAAGUGACACAUGAGGAGCUGAGGAUGUUUAGGGAGCACCCCCUUCUGAAUUUCAAGGAGACAACCGUCCUGAAGAAGGCAAUUCCUAAUUCCUCUGCAGCAAGAAGCUGAGAUGCUAUUGUUUUAGCUUUUCAUUACUACUGAACAUUGAACUAGAUGAAUGUUUUGCGGAUGCAAAGAUGCAUCUGCUUGGUCUAUUGGAGAACACGACGCGACAACAUUUUGCCUCAGUUCAUUUCGUCACAAUUCAAACAAGUGCAUGCCUAUACGAUAGUUUUACGCAUGGUUGAGGUGACUGAGAUUUGAUGAGAGUACUGUUGACUACUGCAAAUUAGCAUAGUGGCUUAGUCUUAGUAUACUUACCUAAAGACGGGAUUUACAAAUUGCAAGAGAUUAUGUUUGAGGGAACAAAAAGAAAGACUGUAUUGUGCAUUUGCGAAUUGUGAUCGGACCUAUAGAUUUGGUGCUUGUUUAGCCUCCUUGGUGCUUAUACAGAAAUAUUUCUUUUGAUGCUUAUUUGGCCCUUCUGGAGCU